AUGGUGGCUCCUGAGAUACCUGGGUUUUACUAUGACGAGGAGAAAGGGAAAUAUUUCAAGGUGCUGCCUGGGUCGGCAGGCGGGGGAGCUUCUUUCUACACCACCGACAAAGUCAACAAACGACUCAAGACAGAGGCCGAGGAGACAAGACUCAGGAAAGUGCACCGGCGCACCCGGAUAACACUAAGCACGACCACGACACCGAUCCAUUCCCACGGGCACUCGCGCCGACUCAGACUCGCCGCCGAAGUAUUCCCCAUGACGAUCGCGAGUCUGCCGCACCUCACAGAGAUGGGAAACCCCGGACACACGAGCCGCGGGCACCGGCGGGAUCUCGAGGCGCGCACGUUUUGCGGCGGGCUCAGGUUGAAGUCUAGGCUCUGGGGAUCCGGGCGGACGGAUAAUCUGGGGGUGACGUGUAUGGAUAUUCAGUGGAAUGAGUCGGAGGUUCAGUAUAAUCUGUGGAUUGGAACCGCGUCGGGGGUGUAUAAGGAGUACUCGGUCGCAAAGUGUUUGAAUGAGCCGUCGUGUCAGUUGGAUAUGACGACGCCGUUUGCUGAGUUUAGCGGACCGAUCACGUCAAUAAGCAGGACAGAAAAAUUCGGACUUGUCACCGCCGAAUGCGCGUCCGGCGACGACUACAACGCCACCCUCUGGACCUCCGUCAAAGAACCAUUUAGCAUAGCUGGCAGCCGCAUACACGCGACCUGCUACCAUUUUAUGCGGUUCCGCUCCGGUCCGUCGCCGCGGUGCUCGGCAGCCUGCGACGAGACCACCGACAUGGCGAUCGGCGGAUCCGAAGUGAUUUCGACCUAUCACAUGACGCAGGACGGCAUGGUCCCGACUGCAAAGUAUCAGCUUGCGUCGGACGUCUUUGCGCUCGAGUAUUGGCAGCCGCAGGUCUUUCUUGCCGGCCUGAGAGAUGGCGGGGUGAGGAUUUUCGACACGCGCGUUCCUGCGACUGCGAGUGAGAGGAUUCGGUCGCUGAGUCAUCGGCAUCCGACGCUGCUGCGGCAUCCGUCGGCGAUCUCAAAGAUGAAGAUCGUGAAAGAUGCGUAUUUUGUGGUCAGCGGUCUCGAGGACUCUCUCGCGCUCUAUGACUUGAGAUCCACCAAGCUCCAAGACCGACCACCAUCGCAACCCCCCUCGCCCCAGAAACAGAACUCCCACAACCGCCCACAGGACUACUCCCCCACCAAACGCAACCAAAUCAACCACCGCAAGCAAUCCACCACAGCAGUAAUAACCUACGACGGCUACGAGAACGACUACGUCUUCAACCACGCCUUCGACAUCUCCAACGACAGCAACCUUCUCGCUGUCGCGGACCAAUCGCACAGAGUUAAGUUGUAUAACGUCUGGACCGGCAUGCAGAUGAAGUCGCCGCUCACGCAGAUGAAGUUUGAUAUCAUUCCCAGGGUCGCAAAGUGGUCGAACGCGGUGCUCGACAAGUCUGUGUCGAGAGUGACGUAUAGCUCGGUGCUCGGCAGACCCGUCUCGAGAGAGACCCAUGACGGUAAUAAGCCGACGCAGGGACUGUUGGUGAGUAACGGCGCUAGAGUCGAUUACUGGUCGUGGAAUACCACCGACGUCCUGUAA